AUGUCUCGACGCGCGACCCCGGGCCAGGCUGCCCAGAACCAGCAGACAAUUAAGAGUUUGCUGAAACUCGAGUCCAACAAGAUCUGUGCCGACUGCAAGCGCAACAAGCAUCCGCGAUGGGCAUCAUGGAAUUUAGGUGUCUUUGUUUGUAUCCGAUGCUCGGGUAUCCACCGUGGAAUGGGCACACACAUCAGUCGAGUUAAGUCCGUGGAUCUCGAUACCUGGACCGAUGAACAAGUCCACAGUGUGGUUAAAUGGGGCAAUGGGCGGGCAAACAAGUACUGGGAGGAUAAGCUAGCACCCGGCCACGUCCCAUCUGAUGCUAAGAUCGAGAACUUCAUUCGGACCAAGUAUGAAUCCAAGCGCUGGGUGAUGGAUGGACCGAUGCCAGACCCGUCGACCCUUGAAGGUGACGAUGACGAUGUGCCUCUUGCGGUUGUACAGGAAAAGGCCAAGAUUGAACGUUCCGCAUCCCAACGAGUGGCACCAAGCCAGCCUCCAAUGCAGCGCCGCCCACAACCGUCGAUCGACCUGUUUGGUGAUGAUAUCUCUCCCCCAGUGCGUCCCAGUACCACCGAACCCGCCCCUCGCCCGCCACCCAAAUCCUCUCAGCCUGUGGCGCCGCCAAAGACUCAGAAACCCGGUGAUUCGUUGCUUGGCCUCGACUUCUUCGGCAGCACCCAGCCAGCUGCGGCCAACCGCCCAACGAGCACUGCAUCCACACCUGCGGCACCUAGUGGCAUGUCGCGGCCAGAUUUGAAGCAGUCAAUUUUGUCCUUGUACGCGAAGCCUCAGCCUGCUCCCAGUCAGCAUGAGCGGACCAACUCCUUCGGCGAUAUGGCCUACGCAGCGACCCCGUCCGCAUCUUCCAACAUGGGCGGCUUGACAGACGCGUUCAGUGGUCUGAGCUUCCCUUCCACUACCUCUCCUCCUCCGGUUAAGCCGGCCGAGAAGCCAUCUCCUUUCGCCAAUCUUACCAGCUUCUCGAACAUCAAGUCCACCCCCGCCGCUCCCAAAGUCACUUCACCGUCGGGAUCGGCCAGCAACGAUCUGUUUGAUAGCCUGGCCUCUCCCACCAUGUCCGCACCCAAGCCCCAGUCACGAACAACCUCCAUUUCCUCGAACUCUCAAGAUUUCGGUUUUGGUGGGUUUGCCUCUCCUCCCCCCGCCCAAGCCCUCGAAGCCCAAUCCCCCGUCGUCAUCUCUUUCCAACGACCUCUUUGGUCUCUCUUCCCCUCCCCUUGCUCCGGCGGCGCCACCUAA